AUGUCCAAUCCUACAGUUAACAAUAGCUGUGAAGAGUUUGUCGCGGAUGAUGUUACUUCAAACAGAUCUGAUACCACAAGGCGUAUGUUGGUUAAGGAGUAUAGAAAAAUUGGUCACGGUGCCUUCGGUACUGUUGUCCAAGCUUAUAUAACGCCAGAUAAAGAACAAUGGUAUGGACCAUUCGCAAUUAAAAAGGUUCCUGCACAGACAGAGUACAAAUCAAGAGAAUUGCAGAUCCUAAGAAUUACAGAUCAUCCAAAUGUUGUCAGAUUGGACUAUUUUUUCACUCACGUUUCUCCGGUGGACAAUAAAGUUUAUCAACAUCUAGCAAUGGAAUGCUUACCAGGCACGUUACAAAUGGAGAUUUCAAGAUAUUCGACAAAUAAGCUGCAAUUGCCAAUUAAGCACGUUAAGCUGUAUAGUUAUCAAAUCGCUCGUGGUAUGUUAUAUUUGCAUGCAUUAGGUAUAUGCCAUCGUGAUAUUAAACCUUCAAAUAUUUUACUGGAUUCACGAACAGGUAUCCUGAAAAUUUGUGAUUUUGGUUCAGCAAAAAAAUUAGAACAUAAUCAACCAUCAAUUAGUUAUAUAUGUUCAAGAUUUUAUAGAGCUCCAGAACUAAUCAUAGGUUGCACACAAUAUACAACUCAAAUCGAUAUUUGGGGUUUAGGUUGUGUUAUUGGUGAGAUUUUAAUAGGAAAGGCCGUUUUUCAAGGUCCAGAACCUUUAUUACAAUUAAGAGAAAUCACAAAAUUAUUAGGACCUCCUGAUAAAAAGUUUAUAUUCUUUUCAAACCCUGCAUACGAUGGUCCAUUAUUUUCUAAACCAUUAUUUUCAACUUCUGUUUUAUCACGUUUUGAAAAACAUUUUGGUCAUGCAGGACCAGAUGGUAUAGAUUUAUUAAUGAAAAUUUUAGUUUACGAACCACAAUCAAGAUUAUCACCAAGAAGAAUAAUGGCUCAUCAAUUCUUCGAUGAAUUGAGAAAUGAAGCAUAUUUUUUCCCAAGAGGUGAAACACAACCGGUUCGUUUACCAGAAUUAUUUAAUUUCAGCGAGUUUGAACUAAGAGUCAUAGGUGACCUUGUUAAUAAAAUUAAACCACAAGAGGAAGACAAUAUCAAUUAA